AGGUCGCGGGCGACUCCACCUACCUCCGGUCGCGUCACCGUUCAGCCCCCAUUUUCCAUUGGCUCUUGGCUCUCGACCCAGGGCGGGACACUCCCAGGGACUUGCUUCCCAUUGGUUCGCGGAGGGGGCAGCCGGACAGCUUGGUUGCGACACCUAUUGGCCAAUGUUCAAGCCAAUCGGUAAAGGAACGCCCAGUUUGCGUGUUCUGAUUGGCUGAGCGGAAGGGUGAACCCCUGUUCGGGUGGCGCCUUGGUCCCCAAGCCGCUCUGGCUUUCGCUCACCGGUCCCGCCGAGGCAGGAUUCCCAGGAGCUAGCUAUGUUGUCAGAAGUCCUGCUGGUGUCUGCUCCAGGGAAAAUCAUUCUUCAUGGAGAGCAUGCUGUGGUCCACGGCAAAGUAGCGUUGGCGGUGGCCGUGAACUUAAGAACAUUCCUCCGGCUUCAGCCCCACAGCAAUGGGAAAGUGUGCCUCGACCUACCGAACAUUGGCAUCAAGCAGGUCUGGGAUGUGGCCAGGCUUCAGCUACAGGACACGAGCUUUCUGGAGCAAGGUGACGCCUCGGCACCCACCGCGGAGCUAGUGGAGAAGCUGGAGGAGGUGGCAGCCGUCCCCAAGGACUGUGCCGACCCCGCGCGUGCGGCCGUGCUGGCCUUCCUUUACUUGUACCUGUGCAUCUGCCCGAAGCAGAGGACCCUGCCCAGCCUGGACAUCAGGGUGUGGUCCGAGCUGCCCACUGGGGCCGGCCUGGGCUCCAGUGCCGCCUACUCAGUGUGUGUGGCCUCCGCUCUCCUGACCGCGUGCGAGGAGAUCCCAAACCCGCUGAAGGACGGCGAGCCUGCCAGCAGGUGGACAGUGGAGGACUUGGAAUUAAUUAACAAGUGGGCCUUCCAGGGGGAGAGAGUGAUUCACGGGAACCCCUCCGGAGUAGACAAUGCUGUCAGCGUUUGGGGGGGAGCACUCCGAUACCAGCAAGGAAAGAUUUCGCUCCUAAAGAGGCCGCCGGCUCUGAGGAUCCUGCUGACCAACACCAAGGUCCCUCGCAGCACCAAGGCUCUCGUGGCCAGCGUCAGGAGCAGGCUGCUUAAGUUCCCAGAGAUCGUGGCGCCCCUGCUGACCUCCAUAGAUGCUAUCUCCCUGGAGUGCGAGCGGAUGCUGGGGGAGAUGGUGGCUGCCCCCGCCCCGGAGCACUACCUGGUGCUGGAAGAGCUCAUCGACAUGAACCAGCACCAUCUGAACGCCCUCGGCGUGGGCCAUGCCUCCCUAGACCAGCUGUGCCAGGUGACCAUGGCCCAUGGACUGCACAGCAAGCUCACUGGUGCGGGCGGUGGUGGCUGUGGCAUCACGCUCCUCAGGCCAGAUCUGGAGCAGUCGGUGGUCGAGGCCGUGAAGCAGGCCCUGAGCAGCUGCGGCUUUGACUGCUGGGAAACCAGCAUCGGUGCCCCUGGCAUCUCUGUCCACUCGGCCGCCUCCCUGGACGCACCCGUGCGGCAAGCCCUGGAUGGCCUCUGAGAGGAGCCUGUGCCGCUGCAGCCCCACCACGAAGCCCCUUCCUGGAUUAUUCUGGGUGCCGGAGCCGGCCUCUGUGCUGG